AUGUCCCGAAAACGAAUUCACGAACUUGUCCUGCCGCUGCUGCUCCUACUCCUGUUCGUCGGCAGAGCAGUGGGCGUGGCUCUCGUAUCCCCCAACAAUAGGCUCCCGUCGCAGCGCUUCUUCUACGCCGCCGCCCCAAUCUCCACAUCCUCCUCGCAGACCAAGGUACGUCUGCUCCGCCAGGCGGACGAUCCCAAUACGGCGCCGGAUGCAGUGGAGGGCAGCUGCUGCCAAGGAGCCGCCGCCGCAGCCGGAAAACCACUGACGCUUCCACUGGCCGUGACCGCCGAGUUGAGCAACGUGACCGCCGAUUACGAUGUCUCCGGCGAGAUGCCAUCCUCCAAAGAAAACUUCAAGCGCAGCAUCAUGAAAUCCACCGUGAGAAACGCGACGCCGGCGAGCUGCUCACCGCAACCGACGAUAGUGGAGCUGAUGCCGCCGGCGGAGGACAGGGCGAACUACUACUACAUGCCCGCCUGCACGCGGAUCAGCCGGUGCAAUGGCUGCUGCGGCUCCACGCUGAUCUCCUGCCAGCCCACGGAGGUGGAGCAGGUGCAGCUGCGGGUGCGCAAGGUGGACCGGGCGGCCACCAGCGGACGCAGGCCAUUCACCAUCGUCACCGUGGAGCAGCACACGGCGUGCCGCUGCGAUUGCCGCACAAAGGCGGAGGACUGCAACGUGUACCAGUCGUACAUCAAGGACCUGUGCCGCUGCGAGUGCCACAACACGGACGCCAGGGACAAGUGCCUGGAGCAGGCGGACAGCAAGUACUGGGUGGACGACAACUGUUCCUGCGUGUGCCGCUACAAUCAGAGCUGCACCACCGGCACCGUCUUCGACGAGACGCUGUGCAAGUGCACCGACCCAGCCGCACCCAUCAAUGUUUUGGACCGCAAACGCUUCAUUGUCCAGGCCGUACAGGUGGACCCCGAUAACACCACCCUGUACAGUGUGUGAGGGCAGUUGAGGGACACCAAGGAGUACGAAGGAGAAACGCCAACUUCCUAGAGGGGAAUUCCCGAGUACUGAUAAGCAGAAAUUACCCAAGAAUUGCACUAAGCGUAUUGCCUAUGUACUUUAUAAUAUUUAUAGUUGUCGAUUUAACCUAGGCUACCCUUUAAACUAACUUACAGUAUUUCUCCAUUAUGCGGCACAAAAUCAAAAUCUUUAAGGUGUUUCCCCGAAAUCUCUAAAGAUUUGUUAUCACUUAAAAAAUUGUCCAAAAGUAUUGCCUAAAUUGAAGGGAACUUUGGGACACAUUUUCAAGAGAUUUCUGUGCAACGCCUGUUUAUUAAAUUUUAUUCAUUUGUUUAUAUUAAUUUUUAAGCGCCUUCUACUUUGUCGCGGCCUUGUACACAUUUGUUUAUUUCUGCUUGUUUAAGUUUUAAAUUAUCCCAAAUUAAUUGUACACAAACUUAAUGCUUUCCAACAAUUCGCCGUACUUCAUUUGUGCGUAACAAUUUUUUUUUGUAUAAAAUGUUAGAUUUAAGUUUACGUAAUGAAAAUACAGACAAAGUAUUGAAUUAUUAAAUCAAAA